AUGAGGGUAAUCAAAGCUCACCAGCGGAGCAGAGUCGAUCAAUUCUACGGCAUUGACGUCAGCAACACAGAGCUGGAAGAGUCUGAAGGGACGGUGUUGGACCAGGUUUUAGUGGGCCAUAACCACCAGUUGCGCUUUUCUAGGGAAUUGAAGGAUCGGUGGGAGAUUUCACAGGAAGAUUUCGGGAAUUUGUGGUGGGGUUUGGGGUUGGUAGAAGAAGAGGUGGGAUCCACACAGGUUUGUAGGGUUUGGAGGUGGAGGAAGAGGAAGAGGAAGUGUGGCUAUGGCGGGGAACGCAAAUGAGAGUUUGUUGAGGAAGAUCUGGGUAUGCAUUUCCAUAUCUUGAGAUGUUCUCUUUUUUUUGUUUGGCUUAGUGAGAGAUUCGGAUUGUGGGUUUGGGAUUCUCCAUUGUUGAUCUUGAUCAAGCCAGGAAGAACCAGAUUUGGGAGGGGGGAGAGAGAGAGAGAGA